AUGGCUCCCGUCGCAGAGCAGGACAUCGCCCCACCAAACAUAUAUUCGGUCAAAUCCUGGCCCAAACCAACCCACCCAGGGCUGAUACAGGUCGUCCGCAGCGACAAACCAUUCGGCUCAGGCGCCGUUUCGCUCGUCUCGCUGCCAGCCGGCGCUGUAUUCGCGCAUAUUGAACCCGACGUCAUCAGCGUCGUUCCCGAGCAGCGCUACACAACCGUGCAGGUUGACCGCAACGCGCACAUCGAGCUCAAUUCCGACCUUGUUUAUUGCAAUCACUCAUGCGACCCGUCAGUCGUGUUUGAUAUGCAUAGAAACGAGGUGCGCGUGGUGGAAGGCCGUCCCUUAAAGAGCGGUGACGCCCUAACGUUUUUCUACCCGUCAACGGAAUGGCAUAUGGAUCAACCGUUCGAGUGCACAUGUGGGAGUUCUAAAUGCAAAGGAAGGAUCGAUGGCGCGGCGAAUAUGCAGAGGAGCCAGCUAGAAGAGUAUUGGUUGAAUGACCAUAUUGUGCAGUUACUGAAAGAGAGGGAUGAUGUGAAUUGA